ACGAAUUUGUUCACCGGCGGACAGUGAGCGCGAUUUGGAGCUCUCGGGUUUGAGAACAAAACCCCACCACAUGUGGGGGUAAUACGGUCAUUUAGCUCUCGUCGUUCACCGGGGAUUCUGAUUGGUCAAAUUUAUUCCAGGACCCAGGUUCGAUUCUUCCAGGUCGAUUGAGGUCGUGGACGUGGUUCAAUAAUUCGAGUUGGUUUUGGGUUGAUAUCAACCCGACCUAACCAGCUAACCUCCCGGUCUUCCCCUACCGGAGUCGAAAUUUAAGGGGCAAAGUACUUGAGCUCGCGAGCAAAGCAAAAGGCAUGGCUCCGAAAAACAACGCACUCAUUCCUUGCUCAAUCCCUUCUCUCUUUCUCUCUCUUGGUCUCUUCUGUGUUCUUCCACUCUCCAUCUUCUUUCUCUUACAAUCAACCCAUCAGCAAACCUCUUGUUCUUCUCCGUUUCUCACCUUCUCUCAGAAAAUCCCUCAAAAUCCUAACCAAUCCAUCAGAGUCUACGUUGCAGAUCUCCCCAGAUCACUCAAUUACGGUUUGUUAGGCAAAUACUGGUCCCUGAGCGACGACUCGAGACUUGGAAGCGACGUCGACAAUGACAUUCGGUCCACGGUUUCUUCUAAAGGGAAGCUCGAGUUCCCUCCAUACCCAGAGAACCCGUUGAUCAAGCAGUACAGCGCUGAGUACUGGAUCUUGGGUGAUCUGAUGACCCCCGAGGAAUUGAGAACUGGGUCAUUCGCGAAACGGGUUUUCGAUGUCAAUGAAGCUGAUGUUGUUUUUGUGCCAUUCUUCGCAACGCUCAGUGCGGAAAUGCAGUUGGGAAUGGCCAAGGGGGCAUUUAGGAAGAAAGUGGGUAAUGAGGAUUAUGAGAGGCAGAAGGAGGUUGUAGAUUUGAUUCGAGGUACGGAUGCUUGGAAACGCUCGGGCGGGCGGGAUCACGUCUUCGUAUUGACCGACCCAGUUGCAAUGUGGCAUGUUAAAGCUGAGAUAGCACCAGCAGUGCUCCUGGUGGUGGAUUUUGGUGGGUGGUACAGGCUUGACUUGAAAGCAUCCAGUGACAACACUUCUGAUAUGAUACAACACACGCAAGUUUCAUUGCUCAAAGAUGUAAUUGUUCCAUAUACCCAUCUACUUCCUAGACUGCACUUGUCAGAAAAUCAGGAUCGUAUUACCCUUCUUUACUUCAAAGGAGCAAAGCAUAGGCACCGGGGAGGUCUUGUUCGGGAAAAGUUGUGGGACUUAUUGGUUAAUGAGCCUGGUGUCGUCAUGGAGGAAGGCUUCCCUAAUGCUACUGGCAGAGAGCAGUCAAUCAAAGGGAUGAGGACAUCAGAAUUCUGCUUGCAUCCAGCUGGUGAUACUCCAACUUCAUGCCGCCUUUUUGAUGCUGUCCUCAGCCUUUGUAUACCUGUAAUUGUUAGUGAUAACAUCGAGCUUCCAUUUGAAGGCAUGGUGGACUACUCAGAUUUUUCCGUUUUUGUGUCAGUAAGUGAUGUCCUUAAACCAAACUGGCUUUUGAAUCACCUCAGAAGCUUCUCCAAAGAACAGAAGGAUGCAUUUCGCCGAAAUAUGGCCCAUGUUCAACCCAUUUUUGAAUAUGACAAUGGUCAUCCAGGUGGUAUUGGGCCAGUUCCUCCUGAUGGUGCGGUCAACCACAUUUGGAGGAAGGUUCACCAAAAACUACCCAUGAUUAAAGAAGCAAUUAUUCGAGAAAAGAGAAAAUCCCCAGGUGUCUCAAUUCCUCUAAGAUGUCAUUGUACAUGAAUUUUCCACAUCCUCCUUAGACAUGGUUUUCUCUCUGUAAUGUAAUGCAGAAACUGGAGAAUUAAACUACAAUUCGCUUGUGGUAUUAUUUCAUAAGAUGUAGUUAUGUUGAGAAAAUUGGAGAAUUAAAUUAGAAUGUGCUUUUGGUGUUAUUUAUUUAAUGACAUAUGUAACCAAGUAAAUUUUUGCUACUGCCAUCAGCUUGGACCCAUGGAGAGACCGAUCAUUGUAUAAAUGAUAAAAGGUGUUUGAUA